CUGUAGGUGUCCAGGAAGAGAAGCUUGUCUGCUCAUCGACUAGGAGCACUAAGUGUAGAUAGCUUCAAGCUACAGAUAGCUAGAAUAACAUUAACCCCCUCACUGGUUUUAUUUAAUCCAUUGGCCGUUAGCAAGGCUGGGUUAACUGGCCAAACAUGCAGAAAUAUGAAAAGCUUGAAAAAAUCGGAGAGGGUACAUAUGGGACAGUUUUCAAGGCUAAAAACAGAGAAACCCACGAAAUAGUGGCUUUGAAAAGAGUCAGAUUAGAUGACGACGACGAGGGGGUGCCCAGUUCUGCCCUGAGAGAAAUCUGUCUUCUGAAGGAGCUAAAACAUAAAAACAUUGUAAGACUACAUGAUGUUUUGCACAGUGACAAGAAGUUAACCCUGGUUUUUGAAUAUUGUGAUCAGGAUUUGAAGAAGUAUUUUGACAGCUGCAAUGGAGAUCUAGAUCCUGAAACUGUGAAGUCGUUCAUGUAUCAGCUCUUGAAAGGCCUUGCGUUUUGUCACAGUCGAAAUGUUCUACAUCGAGACUUGAAGCCGCAGAAUCUCCUCAUCAACAGGAAUGGGGAGUUGAAGCUGGCUGAUUUCGGGUUGGCUCGUGCUUUUGGCAUUCCUGUGAGAUGUUACUCAGCAGAGGUGGUGACGUUGUGGUACCGGCCUCCAGAUGUGCUGUUUGGUGCUAAACUGUAUUCUACCUCAAUCGACAUGUGGUCCGCUGGAUGCAUAUUUGCAGAGCUGGCUAACGCUGGAAGGCCUUUAUUCCCUGGCAACGAUGUGGACGACCAGCUGAAAAGAAUCUUCAGAUUGUUGGGUACACCGACUGAAGAACAGUGGCAGACAAUGACCAAACUCCCAGAUUACAAGCCAUAUCCCAUGUAUCCAGCCACCACCUCCCUGGUGAAUGUGGUCCCCAAACUAAGUAGCACAGGACGGGACCUUCUUCAGAACCUGUUGAAAUGUAAUCCUGUCCAGAGGAUCUCUGCAGAGGAGGCCUUGCAGCACCCUUAUUUUGCUGAUUUCUGCCCACCGUAAAGGCCAAAUCGCCUUUCACUGAACCUCAGCCAGCAGAUCAAUCAUCCUUCACUCUGUUGGGUCAUUAGGACCGCUCCCAACAAGGCAAACCCCUCACCGGUUUUCAGACGCGCUCCUGUAUUUCAUUCUGUUGUGCCUCAGUGUGGAACAAAGUCCUAGUGGCUCUGCGAGGGUUUAGGUUCUUUUAUGUUGCAAGCCUGUUUAAUUUGGUACAUAACCUCCUCUUAGUAAUUAGCUCUGAGUGGGAGGAGGCUGGAAGUGUUACACGGGAUAAUUUUUAUACAUGUAGAAAUAGUAAACAAGACUGCCCCCCGCCUCAAACACUGAAAUUAACUCGUGCCGUUUAUUUUUGAGGUUUGCUUUAAAUAUUAAUAAUGACACAUUCCCAUUGACUCCAAUUCUGAAAAUUUAACAGCACAUACUGUUUAAAGUACAACAGCAUUAUUGUCCUCACAGCCUUUUUUGAUGAACUUCAUUGAUAAAAGUCUUACUGUUGGCACUUUCAUCCCCACCACUAUGUGUUAUUACCAACAUUUGAAUGAAAGUAACCUAAUUUGAUUUCAUUCAUUUAUCUGACAUGACUGGUCCCUGGGGCAGCUCCUGCUACACAGUCAAAAAAUUAAUGAUAAGUUGGAGCAACUUGCUCUGUUUGGGCUGAAAACAAAGAAACACUCUAAAAAACUUUAAAGACUGAGUCACUGGUUCCCUUUUGUAUGAUUUAACUGUGUUUUUUUUUUUUUAUUUAGACCACACCAUAUUUAUAUGUCACCUUUCACAACAACAAUAGAACUUUUUGUCCCACUACCUAUUGCAAGAUUGUAUAAUGGCACCGAAAGCUAAGUUAUAAGAUUUUCUCAGGCUUUUUUUUUUUUUACUUUGUAUUUGUCUUUUUGUGCACUUUGUAAUGGACAGUUUUAUUUGAAAAUCUUAUGUAAUAGAAUAUGUUUUAACACUGACAGCCAGGAUUAUAACCGGUUAUCAAUAAAUGGGCCAAUAUAUAUACAUAUAUAUAUACAUGUUAAUGACUAGUAGACCAUUAGUGACAAGUUGCUGUUUUCAUCUUUCUCACCAUGUCUUUGCACCUUUCUGAGAUGCUUUUGUAACAGUUAAGUUAGAGAUGAUCCACUCUUGAUCUGUAUUUUCAUAUGAUUGUUUGGCACCAUUAGCUGUUUCCAUUGAGGUUAUCAGUACAUCAAUAUGGUGAACAGCUUGCAGUGUUAUUUAUUUCAGAUCGUUACAGUGCUACAUAACCUAUAAAAGCCUGCAUAAUGAGUUGUGUUUGAAGUAGCUGUGAUAAAUAGGGACAUAUUUUCAUUUUGCUGAUGUAGGACCAGGUAAUGGAUGCAUGUAUUUAUUAAUAAUGGAAUGACUGCUCAUUGUUUGCAUUCUUUUAAAUGUAGCACAACUUCAUUUAGUACAGAAAACUGCUGAAUGACUUCAUAAUGCUCACAUGUAUAUCAUUUAACAGGCUCUUUUUAGGAUUUCAAAUGUUUGAAGGUUGUGUGGAUGAAGUUCUGAGUAAAAAAAACAAAAAUACAUUAAGUUAAGACAACAGGAUAUUUCGGACCAAACUGCUGUAGAGUGAUUUAUACAGCUUCAGUUAGAAUUUUGAACGAAGAGUGGAUUUGCACUUUGCUAGUAUCUUUACUUUUGUUGGUAGAACUUGGGACAAAUAUUGUCAUUGAUAUUUUUUUUGUAUAUAAUAAGCCAAUAAGACGCAGUAUUCAGUAAAGUGGACAUCAAUACA